AUGCAUCAACAGUCGCGGCCGCCGCGAGGCGGCUACUCACCCGCGACUGCAGCCCAGACCAACCCCACACGCACAAACAACCCGAGAGACGCACUCGCCAGCCGGCCGCGCGCUGCCUCUGAAGUUGCGCCGCCGAGUCCAUCUUUCGAUGGCGUCGGCGGCGGUGGCAGUGAUGGUGGUGCUGCGCCAACAACAGCUCUGGCAUCGGGGGGACCAACCAAAGAAUCUAUUAAAAAGCUGGACCAAAUAAUACAGAACUUCCAUCUCAAAGCUGCCGUGCUUAUCCUUCAGGCCCGCAUCCCGACCACGCCUUCGGGCGGUGGCCGUGGACGCAAGACAAAUAAAUGGUUUCAAAUCGAAACCGAGGACAUUGACGACUUCAAAGACGAGCUCAAAACAUGGAAACACUGCGGCGGAUUCGACCACCGGCCACCGCCUAUGAUAAUCGAGACCUACCUGGACGCUUCUCGACUGGCCGCCGGCCAAGCACUUGUUGUUAUCGACGAUAACGGCAAGCGUUGGGACGCGCUCGAAGCGCUCAACUCCUCCGACAUGUCGGCCAGUGGUAGCGGCAGCGGCAGCGGCAGCAGCAGCAGCGGCCGGUCCGAUAGCAACACAACCCGUUCCCGAUCCACCGAAAUCAUCCUCGAGCGCUGGAAGAUUGAGCUGCAGUGCAUCCCCGGCUUACUAAAGAGCAGCAGUGGUGGCGCUGGCGGCAGCGGGAGCAGCAGUGCCCACGAAUCCGCAACCGGAAAGGGCCGCGCCGGCGGCGAUACGAGCGGCAGCACAAGCACCAGCGGUGCCGAGUACGAGAUGGAGGACUUCGGUCCCAUUCUGCCCACCAUCUACAAGCGCAGCAUCGUCUUCUUCCGCUCGCUCUUUGUUACUACACACGUUCUGCCCGCUUAUCGCUUCUCCCGCCAGGCGUCCACCAAGGGUGUGCACCCGGCGCUCAAGGUGCGCUGCCGCAUCCUCACGGGUGCCGAGGCCGAGGCGCGCAUCGCCUCGCGUCGCUUCGACAAUCUCCGCCAGCCUCUGAACUUUGACAACGGCCGAGAUGUAGUUACAGACUACAUGUUUGGCGACCUCGAGAUUCCUGUAGGGCGUUUCUCUGCUUCCGUCACCUACCGCAAUGACUGCAGCUUCCGCAUCGACGAUUCUGAGUCGCUCCUGAGCUCACGCUUCAUGGGCAUUGACGAGAACUACUUCCGCCCCUCGCUGCCACCGUCCCAGCGUCCAGACAACAUCUACCUGCCUCAGCAGCGGGAGACGCAACAGACCUCUGGCCAGCAACACAGGCGGCGGGAGUCGUCGGCCGAAGUCGUUGGCUCGCUUCCGUCCCACCAGCGCAGCGGCCGCAAUGCCGCCGAGCCGUCGGUUCGGCCUCUACUGCAGCAGACGUACGGCAGCCUGUCCACAUUUCACGGUGCCGACGCGCUCGGCACAAGCCCCAUUACCGCCCUCAAGGCGGCUCGCACAGCUGAUUCCGAAACGAGCUCGCCAACGGGGUCGUACCGUCCUUCGAGCCUGGAGCAGCGACCACAUAUCGACCCUCCAAAUUCCCUCCCAAUUGCUGCCGGGCGCGCAGCUGGUCUGUCGCCCACAUCGUCCGUUUCGACCAAACCACCCAUGCUCCGGAACCUGGACGCAGGACGCAGGACAUCCAUCUCGUUCCAGCCCUUCAAGGCUGGAUCGCUCUCAGGAUCACCGCGUACGGCUCAGGAUGAAAUUCCGGUCCCCUCGUCGCCUCUCUCUGGCUCGCGGCCCAUGUCUGGGCUGAGCGCGCUGGCCCAGGCUAGAAACCGCAGCUCGCUCACCGCUGGCAUGGCCGCAUCGCUCCGUGCUGCCCCGCAGGUUUCGACCUCCGUGGGCAGCCCAUCGGCCGCCAUGACUGCUGCAGUGAUGGAUCCAGGCCAGAGCUCAUCACCCCGUCUCGCGGGCGGCAGCCGCUUCAGCAGCAGCUUUACGCACCGGCGCGGCAGGUCGUCAUUCGGCGGCGCGAGCCGCAACGAAGAUGACCAGGGCAGCAGCGGCAGGCAGAGCCUGGCGUCGUCCAUGGCCCAGCCCGGCUCCGGGCUGCUGGCCGAGGUCGGCGGCGUUGCCAGCUCCGGAUCCUUUCAGACCGACGACGACAACAUCUCCGAGUUCCUCAAGGCACUCGAAAGCAAAAAGACGCUCCAGAGCUUCGAAUCCAGCAGCAAGCGCGUCGACUCGGCGCGUCGCACCGCGGCACAGCUGUCCCGCUUCCAGCUGAUGCGCGAGUCCAACGUGGCAUUGACGGAUUCUAUGAACUCGUCCUUGCAGAUGCCGCGUUCGCUGAGCUCGUCAGGCCGCCAUCCAACGGGAACAGGUACCUCGGGCGCCUCGGGCGCCUCGAGCACCACCGGCGCUGCUGCAGGUGCUGCGGCGGUUGGCCACACGUCUACGUCGUUGUCGCCGUCAUCACACUCGCCCAUCAAGCCGUUGUCGCCAAACAUGCCACAUGCGCCGCACACGCCUGCCGUGCCGUCACGGCUGAGCGAAAAUGCCAUUGUUGACUACCAAGGGCAGAUUCGCGUGCGGCCUGGUGGCCCCCGCCCAAUUGCCGGCAACGACGCCGAGGGCGGUGAGGGCCAUGCAGGCCGCGAUGCGGAUAGCAGCAACAACGAGAAGCUGGACAGUAUGGGCGGCACGACGGCGAUCGACAUCCCGCUGUCCCCACGCCUUCUCCAGCUCGGUGGCCGCCGCUCGAGCUCGGCGGUCCAAAAGACGCGCGCCGUUCACCACGUCGACGACAAUGCGGCCGAACUGGCGGCCUUUGCACAGCGCAGUCUCAGCGUCGGCGGUGCGGGCAGCCGCGAGCCGCCCUCGCCUGGCGCGCUCUUCCGCCUCGACCAGGAAGGCCCGGGUCACCAUCACGCAUCUACGGAUGAUGUCGCUGGCGCAGUCGCCCGUGAAAGUGCUGCCUCUGUUGGUGUUGCCAGUAGCCAAGCCGGCCUUAAGGCGGCUGCGGCGGGUCUUCUGCGUCCGGCCAGCGGCAGUGCCCUGUCCCGCUCGGCUGGCGUGCGCCGCGGUGGAGGCGGCCAUGACGGCGACGACGACCACGCCCACCGUGCCAGCGACAACGCGUCCUCCGCGGCGGUACUCCGCUCGGCCACAGUUGCUGGUGGCAGCAGUCUUGGUUCCUCGCCUCGGCGCCGGUACAUGAGCCGCCACCAGCAGGCGUCCACCACCUCUACGCAGCAAACAACGCAGCAAACCCAGCAGCAACAGCAGCGGGGCGAAACGUCGUCGUCCGGCCUGCGCGGCAGCGGCGGCGGUUACGGCGAAACAGACGACGAGCCUCUGGUCUUUGACCUGUCGGAGCUGGGCCGCGACCCCAACCGGCAAAGCAUUGAUGAGUCGCGCCGCCGGCAGUGGUGA